CCGGUGCUGGGAGGGAGAGGCGACCUUUGGGGCAGCAGGAUGAGCGAGUGGGAGCGGGUGUUUCUGCAGAACCUCGCUCUUCCUCCACACACCCAGCGCAGGUGGGCUCGCCCGCCGGGCUCCACGGCUUUCCGCUGCGUCCUCAAGUGCCUGGAGGGGGCUGCCCUUGCCCAGGGAGCCGAGUACCAGCUGCGCCUCUCCCUUUUUGACGCCACGUACCGUCACUUCUUUGGGAGGACGUGGAGGAGCGGCUGGAGAGCUGCCCGCGCUGCCCCACCGCGCCCGGCCAGGGCGGCUUUCAACGAGACCGUUUACUUCCACACCUCCUUGAACCACCCUGGCAUUGCCGCCGUCGUAGAAGUGGUGACAACAGCCAGGACAGGGGAUGGGGGCUCUCGGCAUCUCUCCUGUGGCUUUGGACUCAUCCCCCUCUUCGGCAGCGGGUCGGAGGUGAUGGACAUGGCCACCAAGGACCGAGCGCUGAAGCUGUACCACGGGACGCCGCGCGCCCUCCUGCACCCGCGCUUCCAGGACCCCCUGGAGAAGAACAAAUACCUGACGGUGAUGGAGAAGACCCACCUGCAAUAUACCCUGAGUCCUCACCAGCCCAACCUCCUGAUGUCCGGGCUGCAGAACCUUCCUGGCUUGCUGCCGGCGCGUGGAGACACGAGUGACCGCUUGCAGAAGCCCCGGCUGAUGAAGCCGGUCACCUGCUACCUGGAGAGGCUCUCUGUCCGGCUGUACCCUUCCCUGGAGGAAUUCGAGGAAGAGCUGCUGGACCUACUGAACAGCGAUCGCCUGCUGAAGGCUAACGCUGCGCCGGAUGGUGACGGGGUGGCAGUUCGGGAGCGGCGGCUGCACGUUGGUGUCCACAACGGGCUGCGCUUCGUCCAGGCGCCGCAGGUGGCUGUGCUGGUGCCGGAGGCAGAGGUGAUGCCCAGCUCCGGAGCCAGGGGUGCAGGUCAAGCCCUGGUCCUGAGGAGCCGCAUCCACCUGAGCGAGAUGGUCCCGCACCCGGCGUUCGGGGUCUGCUUCCAGCUGGAGUACGUCUUCUGUGCGGCGGGGAGAGCCGGUGGGAAGGUCCUGCCUGGCAGCGCCGGCGGCGAGGCGGCUGACAUGCGCUCGGUGCGCUGGGCAGUCUGGAGCCCCGUCCUGGGCACCGGCGAGGAGGACGUGGUCCUGCCCCUGCGUGGUGGCCCCCACCACAACCCCUGCCAAGCCUUGGUGUACCGCAGCCCGCCGAGCGGCAGCCAGGGGAAGCACGUGGAGGCCGGGACUGUCCAAUUCCAUGUUUCCACUGAUUUGGAAGAACAUCUUGUAACUGCUGCAGAGAGCCUACGUAAAGACAGGGACAAGUCGCAGAAGCCUCCCACGCCGUCGCUGA